AAACCAGAGCGUGACGAGUGGGGCAGUGGGCUGGAGGCCAUGCAGUGUGCUCUGCAGCUGGAGAAGAAAGUCAACCAGGCUCUGCUGGACCUGCACAAGCUGGCUUCUCAGCAUUAUGACCCUCAUCUGUGUGACUUCCUGGAGAGCCACUACCUGGAUGAGCAGGUGAAGUCCAUCAAGAAGCUGGGUGACCACAUCACUAACCUCACCCGCAUGGAUGCCCACACAAACAAGAUGGCAGAGUACCUGUUUGACAAGCAAGUCUGG